CAUGAAUUUUCCGACUGUUUGUGUUUGUCGCUGUUGCUGCUGCUGCUCUCUCAACCUCCCCUCCUCAUCCUUCUUCUCUCGACAUCCAUCCAUCCUGACUCUGCUUGGUCGAUGCCUGUUGUGGUCGUGAUGACGGCGAUAGUGGCACGGGUGUGGACAAAGGUCUCUGCGAUCUCCGCACUUGUGCCACGCGUGCGCAGCAUGCACCGAUGGGCAGUGCUGCCGCCAAAGCCCGUCCCUGAAGAAGCCCUGGACAACAUCUGCACACCGCAAGCGCUGGAUGCAAUGGAGAAGCGGCUGGCGACAUUGAAGCGGGUGGACCUGACGCCGCAUUCAAAGCGGCACGCAGCAAUCCUGUUGCCACUGUGCCUGAACAAGGAAGGGCAGCCUUGCGUGUUGUUUACACUGCGAUCAGAGCACCUCAACAGACACGGCGGCCAAGUGAGCUUUCCGGGCGGUAUGGUGGACGACGAUGACGAGACGGUGGAGGCCGCAGCGGCGCGGGAGUGCCUUGAAGAGAUUGGCAUCGCCCCAAAGAGAAUACUGGGCCGAUGGCACGACGUGACUGCCAAAGACAAAACCUUGAGCGUGACGCCGGUGAUUGGCUAUCUCGGUACCGUUUACCCCGAAGACAUAACGCCAAACUUGAACGAGGUUGCGGAGACGUUUAUUGUCCCUUGCCGCGACUUGCUCAACCCCGACAUGAGAUCAACGUGGAAGGCGCCAGGCUUGGGCAGUUUGCCGCAGUUUGACAGCGGGCCGCAUUGCAUCUGGGGGAUGACGGCCUACGUGCUUGCAGGUGUAUUCAACUCUAUCAUUCUUCCAUACGGCAGCUACUAAGAAAGGAUUCAGAUGAUGAUGAUGAUGAUGAUGAU